CAGUUCUCUCUUGAGGGCUGUGGGUAGUUCCCAACCCACAGACCUCGAGCGAGCAGCCGAGCGCGGGACCGCCAGCUACAAAGCCACCGCCUCGCGCUCUUUCCUCCUCACUCGCCGAGAGGCGCGCACGCCAGCAAGAGCCGCUCGCUGGCUGUCCGGGCUCGGGAGCCUCGCCAGGUCUUCCGAAGUGCGCAAAGCGGCGCCGAGGAGAGACUUUGGGCUGCCUGCAGGUGCUUGGGAGCCGCUUGGAGACAAGGAGUUGGCUCCCGGCGUCGCCGGCGUCUUCCUUCCACAACAAUCCUUCUCUCUCUGUGUCUCUCAGCUGCAGCAGCUGCUUCUGCUUCUCUUCCUCAGCGUCCUUCCCUCUGCGAUAACCUGGGCGCGAACUGCUGAGGGGGGAGAAACCAGAACAAAAAAAGACCCGGCGAGGCGAGAGAGCGAAGCCAACCAGAGGACCCGGCGCGAGGAGAGUUUGGGGCGGCGAGAGUGUGAAGGGAGCGCCGAAAGGACGCCAGGAACCGGAGUCCCCGCCCGCCCGCCCGCUCUCCUCGCCUGCCCUCGUCCUCAGCCGCCCGCCGCGCACGGAAGGGAAGAGUUGCGCUCGCUGAGGGCGGCGAUGGCAGCGAGGCGUCGCGGCGGCGCCCUGUUGAGCGGAGCGCACCGGGCGCCCUGAAGAGUGGAGCUGGGCGCUGCCCAAUCCGCGCUCCGCGGGGGGUCCGGCGGCGGCCCCUCCCCCCGCCCCCUUUUCCCGCCUUCCUCCCACAUGGGGCGCCAGGAGGAGGCUUCCCUCGGCCGCCGGGGCGGCUCUUAGGGAGUGCGAUGGGGCGCCUCGCAAAGUGACACCCGCAGCGGCUGCGGCAACAGCGAGCGAGGAGAAGAGGAGGAGGAGGAAGAGAGAGAGCAGGCGGGGUGGGGAAAGAGAGAAAGAACAGGAGGGCAAGCAGGCAGGCAGCAGCCGGGCAAGCUUUUUCCCCUUCUUCCCAAGGCGGUUCUCCGUCUUUUUUCCCGCCUUGGCUGCUCUCCUGGGGAGCUUCUCCCAUGCCUUCCCGGCCCCGGCGGGGGGCGGCGGCAGCCCCGGCGCAGGAGGAGCCGUCCCUGUGGCUCCUUUGAUGUCCCUGGCCGAGAAGCGGGAGGCGAGCUUCUCCUUGACGCCCAUGAUGAUCGAGGAGGACGCGGCGCUGAGGAACGGCAGCAGGGGGCUCUCGGGCCAGUGGGCGGACGCGGCGGCCGUGCGGCCGCGCACCACGGAGCGCCACAUCACGGUGCACAAGCGCCUCGUGCUGGGCUUCGCCAUCUCCAUCCUGGCGCUGCUGGUGGUCACCAUGAUCGCCGUGCUGCUCAGCGUGCGCAUCGAGGAGUGCAGCAGCAGCAGCACUGGCGGGGACGCGGACGGCCCAGCAGGCAGGGCGGGCAACCGGAGCGUCCCGGCAGGAGCAGCAGCAGCAGCGGCAGCCGCCGCCUCGGCAGGAAGUGCCCGCCGCAACCAUCCCAGCGCCGGGGAGCCCCCUGGCCGCGGAGGAGGGGAAUCGGAGGCGCCUGGAGGGGAAGAGGCGGCGGCGGAGGAGGAGGAGUGGCAGAGGCGCCGGGAGCAGCCGCCCUGGACGCAGCUGCGCCUGCCCGGGCACUUGCGCCCCCUGCACUACAACCUGAUGCUGAGCGCCUUCAUGGAGAACUUCACCUUCAGCGGCGAGGUCAACGUGCAGGUCGAGUGCCUCAACGCCACGCGCUACAUCGUGCUGCACGCGCACCGCAUGCACGUCGAGGCGGCCCGCGUGGCCGAGGACCGGCUGGCCGGAGCCCUGCGCGUCUCCAGCUUCUUCCUCUACCCGCAGACGCAGGUCUUCGUGGUCGUCCUCAACCGGAGCCUGGAGGCGCACAGAAGUUACAACCUCAAGAUCAUCUACAGCGCGCCCAUCGAGAACGAGCUGCUGGGCUUCUUCCGGAGCUCCUACGUGCUCUACGGCGAGAGAAGGUUUCUUGCAGUGACACAGUUCUCUCCUACCCAUGCCAGAAAAGCCUUUCCUUGCUUUGAUGAGCCUAUCUACAAGGCCACCUUCAAAAUCAGCAUCAAACAUCAAGCAACCUAUUUAUCUUUGUCCAAUAUGCCUGUGGAAACUUCUGUUUUUGAAGAAGAUGGAUGGGUUACGGAUCACUUUUCACAGACUCCGCUCAUGUCCACAUAUUACCUAGCCUGGGCUGUUUGCAACUUUACAUACCGUGAGACUACCACAAAGAAUGGAGUUUUGAUCCGAUUGUAUGCAAGACCUGAUGCCAUCAGAAGAGGAUCUGGGGAUUAUGCUCUAAACAUUACUCGGAGACUAGUUGAGUUUUAUGAAGACUACUUCAAAGUGCCCUAUUCCCUGCCAAAAUUAGAUUUAUUAGCUGUGCCUAAGCAUCCGUAUGCUGCUAUGGAAAACUGGGGACUAAGUGUUUUUGUGGAGCAGAGGAUACUUCUGGAUCCAAGCAUUUCUUCCAUAUCAUACUUACUUGAUGUCACUAUGGUCAUUGUGCAUGAGCUAUGCCAUCAGUGGUUUGGUGACCUUGUGACUCCAGUAUGGUGGGAAGAUGUGUGGCUAAAAGAAGGCUUUGCUCACUAUUUUGAAUUUGUUGGAACUGACUACCUGUAUCCAGGCUGGAAUCUGGAGAAGCAGAGGUUCCUGACAGAUGUUUUACAUGAAGUAAUGCUGCUUGAUGGCCUGGCUAGUUCACAUCCGGUGUCACAGGAAGUGCAGCAAGCCACAGACAUUGACAGAGUGUUUGACUGGAUUGCUUAUAAAAAGGGCGCAGCUUUAAUUCGAAUGCUGGCUAAUUUUAUGGGUCACUCAGUGUUUCAGAUGGGCCUACAAGAUUAUCUAACCAUUCACAAGUAUGGCAAUGCUGCCAGAAAGGACCUAUGGAACACACUGUCAGAGGCACUUAAGAAGGUUGGGAAAUUUGUGAAUAUCCAAGAAGUAAUGGAUCAGUGGACACUGCAGAUGGGUUAUCCUGUUAUCACCAUCAAGGGAAAUGAAACUGCAGAAAAUAUUGUAGGAAUCUCCCAAGAACACUUUAUUUAUGACCUUGAUGUUAAAACCAAAGAUCGUGGCCUUGGAAACAACAGCUACUUGUGGCAGAUCCCAUUAACAAUUGCAGUAGGAAAUACGAGCCACAUCUCAUCAGAGGCAAUUAUAUGGGUGUCUAACAAAUCAGAGCAUCACAGGAUUGCUUCCCUUAAUGAGGGAAACUGGCUGCUGGGGAACAUCAAUCAAACUGGCUAUUUUAGGGUUAACUAUGACAUUAGAAAUUGGAGAUUAUUAAUUGACCAGCUGAUGAGGAACCAUAAGGUAAUCUCUGUCAGUAAUCGUGCGGGAUUGAUCGAUGAUGCAUUCAAUUUAGCCAGAGCUGGCUAUUUGCCUCAGAACAUUCCACUAGAGAUUAUCAGAUACCUGUCCAAGGAAAAGGAAUUUCUGCCUUGGCAUGCUGCCAGUCGAGCCCUUUAUCCACUAGAUAAACUGUUGGACCGCACAGAAAACUACAACAUCUUCAAUGAAUAUAUAUUAAGACAAGUUGCUUCAAUGUAUCUUAAGCUUGGAUGGCCAACAAAUAAUUUGGACAAAUCAUUUGUUCAAGCUUCCUACCAACACGAGGAGUUACGCCGUGAAGUCAUUAUGCUGGCUUGCAGCUUUGGUAACAAGCACUGCCACCAGCAGGCUGCAACCCUAAUAUCAGACUGGAUUUCCAGCAACAGAAACAGAAUACCUCUUAAUGUAAGAGACAUCGUCUACUGCACAGGAGUUUCACUGAUGGAUGAAGAUGUAUGGGAAUUCAUCUGGAUGAAAUUCCACUCUACUACGGCAGUAUCGGAGAAGAAAAUAUUGUUAGAAGCUUUAACUUGUAGCGAUGACAGAAAUUUGUUAAACAGGCUUCUUAACCUGUCUCUCAAUUCAGAAGUUGUCCUGGAUCAGGAUGCAAUUGAUGUCAUAAUCCAUGUAGCUAGAAAUCCACAUGGAAGAGAUCUUGCUUGGAAGUUUUUUAGAGAAAAAUGGAAAAUAUUGAAUGCAAGAUAUGGGGAAGCAUUAUUUAUGAAUUCAAAGCUUAUCAGUGGAGUCACAGAAUUUCUUAACACAGAGAGUGAACUAAAUGAGCUAAAGAACUUUAUAAAGACCUACGAGGAGGGAUCUGCUGCCUCUUUCUCACGAGCUGUGGAAACAGUGGAAGCCAAUGUCCGGUGGCAAAUGCUUUAUAAAGAAGAAUUAUUUCAGUGGCUGAGAAAAUCACUGGCACACUAAUCAGUGUUUCUGACCAAAACUUAGCACCAAAUUGUGCAGCCCGGAGGAGAAGCACAGUGUGACAUUCCAAGAACUUUUGACUGGAAGCACAAUGAAGACUGGUUAAAAUGGAAAGAAUAUAUAGAUAUAUUAUAUUUUUGCACCAAUCUCCUCAAAACUAAAAGGCAAGGGAAAGAAAGAACUAUGACAGAGAGAAAAGGUCAUGAAUGCUUACAAAACCAAGUCCCCACUGUACCAUGGCCAAAUGUGAUAUUAAGUGGUGCAUGUAAAUGUUAAUGUCAGUUUUUUGGGGGGAAACCCUCAGAAUAUUUGUGCAUGGUUGUAUGGUUCCUGCCUGUAUUCUAGCAUGCUUACUUAAGGUGUCCAUGUUUGUGUGUGAAUUUCUGUUACAUUGAAGAUGGGCAUUAUGCAAAAGCACAAAGACUAUGACAAUCAGUGUCACAACAGCAACAUAAGGUGGAAAGAAGAACGUAAACGAUCUAUAUGAUCAGCCUGUGACUAACUGUCACCUUUCCAUGGUGUAGGUCAGUUAUGUCAACACUUAGAUUGUCUCAGUUACGAUUUGGACAUUGACCCUCUUUUUGAGUUGCAAAUGAUUAUACAAAUUAAAUGCUCCCCUAUUUUAAGUCAAUGAUACAGACACGUUUAGAGAGAUUUUAUUCUCACAAUAUGUUAUAAUUCCAAAAUUUAUUCACUGUUGAACAGCUAACAACAAAUUUAGCCCUCUGAUCACCAUACGUUUAAAUGGUUUAUGAAAUGAGUUUCACAUAUGUUCUUGGACAAAAUCCAUAAAUCACCCUUAUGUGUGGAUUUUAGUGUGCAAAAAAUACUCAUUAGGUGUGAUGCAGAAAGUAUGGUAAUUAAUUACACAGCUACCGAUGCUUGAUAUCAUGAAAAAUAUCAAAUCAACAGAGAAAAACAAAACAGAAUCUGUAGAGAAACAAAAAGAUCUUCCUAAAUAAUGAUCCAGUUGUAAUGAUCCAGUCCCCCCCCCCAUGUCUUUUCAGCAUAAGAGUGUUAUUUAUUCACACAAGCAUCCCAUAAAAAUUAAACAAGAUGGCAUUUGCAGCAAUUUUUAAUACUGUGGUAGCCUAUGUUUAAAAGUAGUCUCUUGUAUCUGUUCUACUUUUCAUGUGAGGUAUCUUCUAGAGCUUUUCAAAAGCUAGAUCCUAAACAUAGUUACCACAGAAUAAGCCCCACUGAAUAUUGUGGCAGUGCUCAUUUUUUCUUCAAAUACCUGUUAAAUAAUGAGAUUGCAAAAACGAAAUAGUUUCUCUUCACAAUUUGUACAACCCAUUCAUCAAUCUUUGGAAUGAAUAUUCACCCAUAUUAUCUAUCUAGUAUAGAAAAUCUUGACUAUAACCUACCAAGUCAAUAGUCUUUUCUACUUCCCACCAUAUUUAGUUGCUUAUUUUCUCUCUGUUCUCUGUCCUUCAACACAGGACUUGAAUCAUCACAAUAACCAAAGGAAAGAAAUAUUUUAUCUCGUCGUUCAUUUUGGAGGGUGGCGCAGCUUAGAUAAUAAUAUCACAAUAACAGCAACUGCCAGUUUUCACCUUAUACAAGAGUUGUAAGUGGUAGCUUGGCUACAAGCCAGUCAGUAACACAACAGCAUUGCUAACUGCAGAACUGGCAGUAUUAGGUGGGUGUCGGAUGAUCAGAUAUAUACAAUUGCUUCCAUGGAGCUUUGUUCUUCAAAACCUGUCCAUAAUUGUGUACCUUGAUUAUUUUAAUUUUGUUCCAGAGACAGUUUGCAAUUUAGAAACAUAGAAAGUCAAAGAAGUAAAUAGAAAUUUGUAUAGCCCUUGAUACGUACUGCCAUUUUCUUCACUGACUGGUAACUAUAGGAAGACACUUAUGCAAGCUAUAAUUUGAAAUAACAUUAACAGGCCCUUGACAGUACUCUAUUCCAGUGUUAAUGCUUUGCUAUAGAAAAGAGAAACUCCUUAUCUGGAGCUCUCUUUGUUCAUCGAGUGAAGCCAAAAGGCCUUGUGAGCCACAUGUAGCUUGCUGGAUGUUCAGAUACUGCUCCAAGACAAAUGUAUGGCAGUAAUGUAUAUUUAGCCUUAUGACAUCCUCAUCGUUUCCUGCAGGCUUUGCAGAGUAAAAGCCCAGGAAAAGGAAUCAGAGCCAAGGCAAAGGGAGUAGUGUGACUACAUGACAGAUCAAAAGAAAAAGAUUGCCAGGGCAAGAGAAAGGGGGAAUAAGCAGAGAAAGUAAUGGCUAUUGCUAGAAGGUAGGGAAAAUGAGGAUAGGAUGGACUAAGGGAGGCUUGUUGUUGAAGGCAAAUCUUUUGGGGCAAGCUUGGGGGUGGAUAACCGGUGGCCCCCCAAUUGUUGGAUUCCAACUCUAUGGAAGCUUUGAACCAGCCAGCAUGGUCAAUAGUCAGGGAUAGUCAGGGAUUGUAGUCCAAGAACAACUGGGGGACCACAGGUUCCCUAUCCCUCUCUUAUAUUACGUAAAGUUAGAAAAUCUGGCCAGUGAACAUCCAUGGUGUAUACGUAUUCUAUAUAGCAGUUAUGUCAUGGGAAUUAAUGAAAAUGGGGGGGGGGGGUCCGAGGCUUUUUAGAUCGCAUCCUAGUGUUGAUGCAGUGGUGCAUUUUGUAAUUUCUUGCUUGG